AUGAGAGUCUUCUAUGAAUGGUUGACACUGACAUACCUUUUAAUCCAUACUCUUGGCUUUAGAAGAGUUUUAUCGCACACCGGAAGGUUUCUAUCGCAUCAUUCUAAACCACGUUACUGUUUUCUAAACAGUUUUAAAACUGUAAACAAUCAUAAUAAUAAGGGAGAUCACAGCAAUAUAGGCCAAAUUAAUACAAAUGAAUUCAAUUACGGGCCAAUAAUUCACAAUUUUAGUCAAUUAGCAACAGAUGAAGACAAAUCAAACUACUUUGAGCGAACAGUAGAUGAGUUUUUUGUAAAGAAUCGGACAAUAUUUUUGUCCGGAGAGCUAAACGAUAAAGUCUCGUUCAGAAUCAUUUCAUCUAUCUUGCGAAUAAAUGAAAACGAUCCUAAUCUGCCCAUUAAGUUCUACAUCAACUCCCCCGGAGGAUCAGUCACUGCAGCUAUGCUAUACGACCAACCAUACUCAGGACUGGCAAUCUAUGACCUGCUGCAAAGCCUAAAGAUGCCAGUGGAAACGAUUUCCCUGGGCCAGGCGGCCUCAAUGGGAGCAUUUCUCUUGGCGUCGGGAACGAAGGGGAAGAGGUUCGCGAUGCCGAAUUCGAGGAUAAUGAUACACCAGCCACUAGGAGGCGCACACGGUCAGGCCAGCGACAUUGAGAUACAGGCGAACGAGAUUCUGCAGGUCCGACACAUUUUGAACAGCCACCUGUCCCACUUCACUGGCAAAUCAAUAGAGACGAUUGAAAAGGAUUGUACGAGGGACAAUUACAUGAGGCCGUCAGAAGCAAUAGAGUAUGGGCUCAUUGAUGCAAUCAUUGAAACCAAAACCUCGCACAUCCUGCCAGAACUGCCUGAAAAGGUCUGA